GAGAAGGGGCUGGCACAUUGGCGAGCCGCGCACAAGAGGAGGGACCAGCGCUGGGCCGGUGCGCACUGCCCCCCGGGCGCUUGGAGAGCAAGAGAGAGCGAGAGGCGCAGCGCCCUCCCUGCCGCCCGGCCGCCUUCCUUCUCCGCAGCCGGCGAUCCGCGGCUCAGGAACUGUCAGCGCAGCCUGGGCGCCUGCUCUGCCCCGGAGCCUUGCUGACAGCCCAGCGCCCCUUCCGCGCCUCGCCGGGCUCUAGCGCAGCCGACCCCCGGGCGCGCCCUCGCCGCUUGGGCCCCCGGAGCAGCCGCCGCAAGACCGGCGCUCCCCUCGCUCUCCCGGCCCCGAUCUCCUUCCGCAGCGCCGGCGGCGGCUCUCGAGGGCAUGGGCUGGCCGCGCCGAGAGAGCCCCUUGCCCUGACCGAGCCGCUUCGGGGAGGCAAGUGCCGCGUGGGGAGCUGGGCGCGGAGAGACGCGCGAGGAAGAAGAGGCAGCCGAAGCAACCGGCGAGCUUAAGCGAAAGAAGGGAGGCUGAGAAGCAGAGCCUCCCCCUGUCCCGGGAACCGGCCAAGAUCCAGCGCCGGGGGAAACCGCUCAGGAUGAAUCUCUUCUCGUCCAUAUUCAGCUAUUUGCUACUGCACUUGUUUGCUUUCUGCUUGCAGGCACAGGUAACUGUUCAGUCCCCACCUAAUUUUACACAGCAUGUGAGGGAGCAGAGCCUGGUGACCGACCAACUAAGCCGGCGACUCGUCCGGACCUAUCAGCUGUACAGUCGGACCAGUGGGAAGCACGUGCAAAUCCUGGACAACAAGAAAAUCAAUGCCAUGGCAGAGGAUGGAGAUGCUCAUGCUAAGCUCAUUGUGGAGACCGACACAUUUGGGAGCAGAGUAAGAAUCAAGGGGGCUGAGACAGGCUUCUAUAUCUGCAUGAACAAGAAAGGAAAGCUGAUUGGCAAGAGCAACGGCAAAGGCAAGGACUGUGUCUUCACCGAGAUUGUGCUGGAGAACAACUACACAGCAUUGCAGAACGCAAAGUACGAAGGGUGGUACAUGGCCUUCACCCGCAAGGGGCGUCCCCGCAAGGGCUCCAAGACUCGCCAGCAUCAGCGUGAGGUGCACUUCAUGAAGAGGCUACCCAAGGGCCACCAAACGACAGAGCCUCACAGACGCUUCGAAUUUCUCAAUUACCCUUUCAACCGGAGGAGUAAAAGGACUCGGAACUCCAGCCCCAAGCCCACCCCCUGACCCACCACCCUCCUUAGUGCCACUUGGGUCCACCCUCCUUUCCCUUUUUUUGUUGGAGGACAUUCUGUAGAGACUUUUAACUGAUGGACAAUGCCUAGAGACUUAACCUGUGAUGAUAAUUAAAACGAGGGUGGAAGAAGAGGGGGAAACCAAACUUGAUCUAGUUGUUUAUAAUUGUUUGUUUUGUGUUUUUUAAAAAACAAAAAGAGGCUCUAUUUUUGUAUUCCAACUUUACUGCUUUUUUAAGAAAAAGCACUGUAACGUUAAAAGACUUGUGAAGGGUUGCUCUUCACUUAAGAAACAUUUUGAGUCCAUGGGGGGCGUGUUAUGUUUUAAUAGACUGUUAAAAAAAAAGUGGGGUGGGGGUGGGUAGGAGGUAGUUGAUCUAGGGGUAAGCAUAGAACCUGCCCUCUUCAAUCAAAUAAUAAAUUUUGGGACCAAAUUUCUACCUCAAAUAAAACAAACGUAAUAGAAACACAACCCAUCAAGAGCUUUUGUGCAAGUUCCAUUUAUUUUGAUGGGUCUGUGUGGAUGUUCCUGGUACCUGCAGACUGUGGCCUUUCUCAGAGUCAAAUGAGUGCAAGUCCCUUUGUAGCCAGAGAGAGACUUGCAGGCACCAACAGGGUGGGAUGUGAAGUCACUGUUUCCAUUUCUGAAUGAGAGAGCGAGAGCAGAAUCCCCAAGGAUGAAUGAAUGAACAGAGGUGGUGCUGAGAUGAGGGCCGCUAGUUUUGCUUUGUAUGUUCUAUCCAAGCUGAUCAUGUCUCCAGAGGUCUGCAUUUUUAUUAUUAUUCUGUAGACCAUUUCUUUUGUAUUUGUUAUGACAAUAAAGUGCCACUGAGUUCAAAUGUUAUAUAUUUCCCCAUUACACCCGUUUCAUCAAAGGUGCUUCUUGUCCCAAGUUUCCCAAUGAGACUGAACUGGGAUCUCACUCAUGUUACAGGCAUGGAGGAUGGCUGGGCCCCUAAAAAGCCAAAAGGAAAAUAAGAAAGGAAGCCUUGCUCCCACUAAACUGGUGUUAGCAAUUUGAACCUCUCCUCAGCCCAUAUCUGACUCCUCACAAAUGUUGCCUGGCCCCUCACUUACCAACCUUGUUAAGAACUUGCAGCCUUGCUUGCAGAUCCUCCUUUGGCCAAGAAACCCUUGAGAAUCAGGGCUGUCUAACAGGUUGGUCCAUGGUCGAUCCUGGUCAAUCUUGGGACCUCGUCAAAUUACCCCCCAAAACUUUGUAACAACAAAUUACCCUCCCCCCCAAAACUUUGGCUUCCUAAAAAAAGUUCAACAACUCUGAUCACUACCAGUUUCUUUAUAGUGGGAGUAGAUCAGUCUCUUGGAAUUUGGACAGCCCUGCCCUAUACUGACGGGGGUUUCUGUGUACGAGAUGCUGAUGUUGGCCUUUAAUCGCCACAGAAAAUAUUGCUUGCCUUACUGCCUGUGUCCCAGUUUAUUUCUCUGCAGGGAGGCUAGAUUAGAUCCAGCUACGCAAGCCUUGAAUGGGCUGCUGAAUGGUGGCAUCUUUUGUGUAAUCAGGAACUUCAGAAGGCUUAACUAAUACUUUUAAGGGCGAGGAGGGAGGGAGAGAUGCUGAGCUGGACGUUUGGUUUGAAAGGGGUACUGCUUUGCAAAGGAUUAUUUAAAAUAACAACAAAAGAAAAGAUACUUUUGAAAACUUCAGUGUGUGGAAGCUGUGAGCUGGCUUGUCACAGCACAUCUUUCUUGUGGGGUAGUUUGUCUCCUUGAGGGAUUUUUUUUUAGAAAAAUUGUUACUGUGUACAAAUUGAAUAUGAAAUGGUCUGAAAUAUUUAUUUAAUAUGUGCAUUAAAUUUUUCUACUAGUAUAAAUGA